AUGCCCGCCCGCAACAUAUUUGCCGAUGCGGUUGGCACGGAGCCUCCGCCAUCCAUGAUGGAGGUGAAGCAGGACCAUCCGGUCCCUCGCAAAGGUAUCAUGCAACAGGCCCCGCUGCAGACCAACAAAUUCUAUUCCAACUUCUUCCUGGCGGAACAGCGAGCGCCAACCUACACGUUCCCUUAUUCAAUAACGUGGGGCGGUGGUACGGGCGUGACGAAAACCUGGGGCAUGGUCUGCUCUCAUAUCGAGGCCCACCAGCGAGUAUUUGGCGAGGAGAAGUUCUUUGCUUCCUCAUAUUACCUCAAUCCUGUCGGGAUAGAAUCACUUGCGCUCUCAGCUAGAGAGCUUGGAAAUGACACCACAGUAUCGAUGGACAGCAUAACUGCCUUCUCCUCCAGGGUUCACCUCAGCACAAGCCGCGUGACGCUUCCGAUCGUCUCCUUCUCUCUGGCCCAGGGAAUGCCCUAUCUUACGUCGGUAUAUCACGGAGCUACGCCACUUAUCCAGACCGGAGUCUUUUUCAGGUCGGUGACCAAGUUCUCCAAGGACCUGAAGCGAAACUUGAGCAAGUUCACCAUUGUCCUGGAGGACGGCGCAACCUGGCGACUGUACGCGUGGGCGACGGAGGGCGAAGGCUUGGACCUAGACGUGAUGAACAACGGAAUGGCGGUCUCGCGGAAGCCUUUUAGCGGUGUCCUGCAGAUCGCCAAGGACCCGAUGACUCCCGGAUCGGAACAGGCUCUCGAUGACGGUGCAGGUAUCUACCCGGUCUCUCUUGAAUUGACCGGGUCUACUGCCGGCAAGAAGGGAUGGUACCAGUUCCACUUUCAAACGUCUGGCCACGAAACCGGGAAUCUGUACAUGUACGCCCUUCCCCACCACGUGGAGUCGUUCGAUCGCGAGACUGCGGAGCAGCUCCAGAGAAUUCAACUACAAACGCCGACCAAGGGUGUGGCAAACCUCGUCAGGGGAGACACGUGGACCAUGGUCGAGCCGGAGAUGCCGGUCGGGUUGGAAUUUGCACCGUGGCAUCCCAUGAACGGGACGGUUAAGGAGAUUUCAGACGAAGCAAAGGUCCUCAUUCGGGCGGCGGCCACCCGGGAACUGGGAUCGGACGUGGCUACCGAGGGCGAAAUGGAGUCAAUGUACUUUGGCGGAAAGGCCCUUGCCAAGUUCGCCCUCCUUGUAUAUGUCGCAUCCGAUUUGCUCAAGGAUCAAGCCAUGGCUCAAAGUGGACUUGAGAAGCUCAAGAAGGUAUUUGGAAUCUUCGCAGCCAAUGAACAAAAGCACCCGCUAUGCUAUGACAGUGCUUGGGGCGGCGUUGUGUCGUCGGCGACUUAUACGACGGGCGACUUGCUCAUUGACUUUGGCAAUACGCUGUACAAUGACCACCACUUUCACUACGGGUACCAUAUCCUCGCUGCCGCCAUCAUCGGACAUCUCGAUGGCGACUGGGUGAAGGAGAACAGAGACUAUGUCAACAGCCUGGUGCGAGAUGUAGCCAACCCGAGCCAGGACGACAAGUACUUUCCCAUGUGGAGGAACUUUGACUGGUAUCACGGGCACAGCUGGGCGCAUGGGCUCUUCGCGUCGGCGGACGGAAAGAACCAGGAAUCAAGUUCGGAAGACAUGAUGCAUGCGUAUGCGCUCAAGAUGUGGGGGCACGUGUCCGGAGACGAGUCCCUCGAGGCC